CGGAGCGCAUCCGUGCGACACCUUCAUCCUAGAUGGGACAAAAAGACAAACAUGCCCUCCAGGAUAACAUAGUGGAUCUGAUAGCAAGUCUCUAAAUACAGGAGGGAAUCCGAGUUACUUCCCCAUGUAAGACAAGGUGUAACAUACUGGAUACUACUGAUAUUCCUUUUGUGUAAUUUAAUUUCAAAAAGAAAAAGAAAGGAUCAAGUUUUUUUUUUUUUCUUUGGAAGAGGACGGGAUUUGUCUCCUUCCCACGUUGGGUCGGAUGGCCGCUGCCACGGUCAGUGUUUAUCCCCCGUGGCCGGAGAAGCCCGAAACCCCCCCGGGAAGCGGGGGUCCCUGUGACGGACAGCGGAUGAGUCCCAUCAGAGCGCAGGAGGAGCGCAGAGCGGAGCCGCGCAUCAGGAGACCCAUGAACGCGUUCAUGGUUUGGGCGAAGGACGAGAGAAAGAGGCUGGCAGUGCAGAACCCGGACCUUCACAACGCCGAGCUCAGCAAAAUGUUGGGAAAGUCCUGGAAGGCCCUGACCACUCUCCAGAAGAGGCCGUACGUAGAGGAGGCCGAGAGGCUGCGAGUGCAGCAUAUGCAGGACUAUCCCAACUACAAAUACCGUCCUCGGCGGAAGAAGCAGAUCAAACGCCUCUGCAAGCGCAUGGACUCCGGGCGGCUGCUUGGCAGCAUGUCCCCAGAUCAAAAUACCAUCCGAGAGGUACGCGGAAGCCGUUCGGUCUUGGACAAGGAGGACCGCAGCUCCUUCUCCUCGGCCUGCGACUCCAUCUCUGUGACAAGUUUCAGGGACCUGUCCAGCUCAAGCAGCACGUUUGAUGCGUUCCACUGCGGCCUUCCCACCCCCCCGGAGUUGUCCCCACUGGAUGCUCUGGAUCAGGACCAGUCCUCCCUGUACUCAUCCUCUCAAGCCUGCCAUGUAAACCACCACUCCAACUCAUCCUAUAGCCCACAGUGCGGAGGACCACACUUUGAACACACAUCAAUACCCCCAGUUGGUUCAACUCUGAUCUCUCCAUCGAAUUCCAGUUCUGCUCAGUUCUCAUACUACAACCCCUUGUAUCCCCCCAUGAGUCACGGCCUUCAGAGGCACUUGGGACAGAUUUCACCUCCACCGGAGCACAGCACGCUGGAGACCCUGGACCAGCUGAGCCAGGCAGAGCUCUUGGGAGAGGUGGACAGGGAUGAGUUCGAUCAGUACUUGACCUCCAUGGGACCACCUGAACAAGGUGCACAGGGGGUCACGGAGAACAGCCAGGUGGCCUCAGCAUCUGCACUCUGUACCAGCAGCAUUUCAGAGACCAGCAUCAUUUCAGUACUGGCAGAUGCCACAGCAGCCUACUACAAUAACUACAGCAUUUCAUAAAUCCAAUCCUUCCAGCAAUAAAAUUCACAUAGACUCGUUUUAGAUGCUUUGCAAAGAACAGCGCCACCAGACACAAUUUUAUGGGUGUGUUAUUUUUCUUUUCUUUUUUUUAGAGGUUAAACUAGAGCUUCUUCAUUCUAACUUAAUUUUUCCUCAAUAAUGAAAAUUCAUUAUUAACCUGUAAUUUCAAAAUUAAUAUUAGUAUAUUGUAAAAAAAAUAUUUAUAUUUUUCCCUGCUUUUUC